AUGGCGGAUCCUGAGCUGCAGCUGGUGGCGCGGCGCAUCCGCAGUUUCCCCGACUUCCCCAUCCCGGGCGUGCUGUUUAGGGACAUCUCGCCCAUCCUGAAGGACCCCGCCUCCUUCCGCGCCUCGAUCAGCCUCUUGGCGGAUCACCUGAAAAAGACCCACGGCGGCAGGAUCGACUACAUCGCAGGCCUAGACUCACGCGGUUUCCUGUUUGGUCCGUCCCUGGCCCAGGAGCUGGGCUUGGGCUGCAUUCUUAUCCGCAAGCGAGGGAAGCUGCCGGGCCCUACCGUGUGCGCCUCUUAUGCAUUGGAAUAUGGGAAGGCUGAACUGGAGAUCCAGAGAGAUGCCCUGGAACCAGGGCAGAAGGUGGUGGUUGUGGACGAUCUGCUCGCCACUGGUGGAACCAUGUGCGCAGCCUGUGAGCUGCUGGGCCAGCUGCGGGCUGAGGUGCUGGAGUGUGUAAGCCUGGUGGAGCUGACCUCACUGAAGGGCAGGGAAAAGCUGGGGGCUGUGCCCUUCUUCUCCCUCCUGCAGUACGAGUGA